AUGUACCAAUGUGUUUUAAAUUAUACAAUCAAUAAAAGCAUAUUGUUAGGGAAAGGUGGAUUUGGAAGUGUUUACUUGGCUUAAAAUGAAUUAAAUCAAGAGUAUGCUUGUAAAAUAAUGUAAAAGUUUUAAGAUAAGUAGAUCAUUAUAAUCAAGUUAAAAUAACUAUAAAAAGCUUAAGUAGCUUGUUGAUAGAGAAUUAUCAAUAAUGAGUACUUUAGAUAAUUAAAACAUUGUAAAAAUGGCUCAUUCUUAUUUUGAUGGCAAAAACAUUUAUAUUUUUAUGGAGUAUUGUAAUGGUGGCAAUCUAAAGAAAAAAAUUAGAGAACUUUAAUCAAUUUACCCAUGUCCAAAGUUUUAUUAGUAGAAAUAUGAAAAAUUGGCUUAAGAGGUAUUUUGGGAUAUUAUUGACUCUCUUAAUUAUUUAUAUUCUAAAAACAUAAUUCAUAGAGAUAUAAAAUUAGAGAAUGUAUUAAUCCAUAAUGGAAAGUAUAAACUAUCUGAUUUUGGAUUAUCCAAAUUUUUAAGUGAUAUAGAUGAAGUAAUACUAUAUUAUAAAUAAAAAUAGGAACCUAUGAGUAGCAUUUUAGGAACUCCAUGUUAUUAAUCACCCCAAUUAUUAAGAUAAUAAGUUUAUUCACCAAAAACAGAUAUUUGGUCUCUAGGUGUUUUAUUGUAUGAAUUAUUAAAAGGAGGAGAAUUACCUUUUAGAGGUUUUAAUACUCAAGAUUUAUUAAAAGAUAUUGAAAUUAAAUUGAAAAGUAAUAUAUUGUAUUAUAAUAGCUAAUUACAUUUAAAAUCAAUUAUUGUCAGUAGAAAAUAAAUUACUUUAGUAUUUAGUAUCAAAAAUGCUUGUAAUUGAUGAAGAAUCAAGAUUAAGCCUAAAAGAUCUUUUAUUGAAAGUCAAUUAAUUUAGAAUAAAUGCUUAGUUGAUGUAAAAAGACAAUAUUACAGCAACAGAGACAAGAUGUAAACCAUAUAGACCAGAGAAAAUAACAUCUAAAAAGCAUUCUUGUUAAAAUUAAGAGAUAAUUAAUAAUAAAUAAUCAAUUCCUAUAAGAUUUAUUUAAACAUACAAAGAGAAAAAAUUGGAGGCUACAUUUAUAUCAAAAAUAUUAGAUGAUAAAUUAUCUUCAAAUAUACUAAUUCUGUUAGCAUUAAUGUUAUUUAUUGCUUUGAUGUAAAUAUCAAUUAAGAUUUGA